AUGGGGAAUUUGAAGCCUAGGGCACUGCAGCAGAACAGCUCACCACUUAUUCAGCUUCUCUUUCUUUGUUUCUCCCAGGAAUUGUCCUUCCAAAAGGUUCUACUCCAGUUGCUCUUAGACCCCUACUGCUUCAGCCAAUAUGAAGCCAGUUCCACUGAACUCACUCCACUCUAUGUCCACAAUAUGCAGCACGGAGAUGAUUCUAAAAGCCAUUUGGUAGCUCCAGAGCAGCUCGAGGAUGAGAAUGGGAUCCAAUUUCAUAUCCACCAGGCAAACGGCAUCAGGAUCUGUGACCGCUUCCUGCUUGGCCUCUGCAAAGAAGUGGAGAGAUGCCAGCUUCACCACACAUGCUACCCUUACCACUGGCAGGUGAUGCGGAAGAAGAAAGGAGUGUGGCAGAGCAUGAAUGAAUCGGCUCAGCAGCACCUGGAGAAACUUUACAGCAAUGUAAAUGACUCACUAGUUACACUGGUGGAAAAGACACUCCCAAAUGGUUGUAGGGGAGAUCUCAAUCCUUAUGUUGCCAACAUCCCUGGGGAGGAUCCCACUGAUGGGUACUCUGGACCAUAUCCUGCAUCAUGGAUCUCAUGCCCCUCAGAAGGACCCACUUAUGUGCAAUGUGAAAUAGCACCAUCAGAAGCAGUGUACCGCACAGUUUAUACUCUCUUCCACAAAUCUCUCUCAGAGGAUACCUUUCGGGUGUUACGGAUUUACAGGAUCAGGCAGGAGUAUCUUUGGCAAAAAUACAGCAGUCAGAAGGAAAUAAUGUCCCGAGGACUCUCAACAGAAGAGAAAAAACAGCUAGAACAGCAUCUCUUCCAUGGCACCUCAGCAGACAGCAAGAACUCCAUCUGUCAGAUGGGCUUUGACCCUAGUCUCUCAGGACAGCAUCUUGCUGCCUUUGGCAAAGGCAGCUAUUUUGCCAAGAACGCCCAGUACUCAAAUGGAUUUUGUACAGCAUGCAAGGCUGGGCUGCGCUAUAUGUUUCUGGCAAAGGUCCUGGUGGGAAAGUCUGCUGUAGGGAAUGCUAGUUACUGUCAACCCCCAACAAUAAGGUCUAGUGGCCCACCCUUUGAUUCAUGUGUUGAUUCCACUUCCAGCAUCUACGUGAUCUUUAACAGUAGCCAGUCCUACCCAUAUUUCCUGAUCCGCUACAAGCUGUUUUCCGACCGUGUUGCAAUAGAUGGUUCAUAA